GCAAGUUGAGCGGACUGAGCGGACGAUUCCAUUUCCCCCUGGUGUGCGGGGUAGCAUUGAACGGGAUACGGCUUUCCGCUGCGCUGCUGCUGCUGCUGCCGCUCCACUGAACAGUGUAUUUUACGGGCGCAGUGUGCACUAUUGCUUGGACUGCUGCUGCAAGGUGCUCUGCGCGUUCAAAGGGUCUCCACCUGCCGAGGGUCGAGUCCCGCUGCAAGAUUCAAGAUGAGGCUGCUCUACUGGGUGACAAUCUUGGCCGCUCUGCUUGUCGUUUCGGCCGAGGCCAAGAGGAAAAGGAAAUUCGAGGGCGACUUCGAGUUUGCUGAAGAGGAGGAAUCGAAGAACGCCAAGAAGGGAGACAAGAAGCGUUGGAUCCAUGACCCUAAAAGUGACUUGUGCGGCCCAUUGAACUGCAAAAAGAAGGAGCUGUGCCUUCUCGAGGACGCCUUCACUGCAGCGUGCGUCAAUAAAAAAGAGCUUCAAAGGAACGGAGAUAUUGUGAUCCCAAAGAGUUUAUACAAGGACACUGACUUCAAAGUGAACCCAACUUCUGAAUCCACCAGUGAAGGCGAUGAUGAUGUCUUUUACGACAGUGAAGAUGACGACUCUGAUGAUAAUGAAGACGAACUCGAACCAGAAACGAGAUGCAAGCCUUGUCCAGUGGUGAAGCCUUCGUUCCACUGCGGUGCAGACAACCGCACCUACAGCUCGGUGUGCAGGCUGGACUACCACAACUGCGUGCACAAAACGAGCAUUCGAGUGGCCUGCAAGGGCUUCUGUCCGUGCAAGCCGCAGGAAGAGGCUCACCACAAGCAAAAGGAGGAGCGGCUGGCCGCAUACAACGCCAAGCUCAAGGCCACCAUGAAGAAGAGCAACAAGUCGCCCUCGGGAUUGCCGGACAAGUACAACUACAUUCCGCAGGACUUCAAGUACGACAACAAGCACUACAAGUACAUUAAGUACAGCAAGUUCAGCGGCCAGUCGACCAGUUCUCCUUUCGCCCAGGACAAGCACCACAGCUACAACGAAGUCUUGGACUCGAAGAACAAGUUUGGCGCCAAGGGAACUCCCAACUGGAACAAAGUAAUUCCCGAGUGCAGUCCGUCUGCCUUGGAGACGAUGGGCAACCGUCUGCUCGACUGGUUCAGCGUGCUGAUGGCCGAUGCCAAGAAGGACAGACACACCGGCAAGAGGCGCAAGUUGGUCAAGUCGACCGCCCGGUUCCCCAACACGUGCAAACCGGAGGUGCGAUGGAUGUUCGCCCACCUGGACUCGAACACAGACGAGCAACUCUCAGUCAGUGAACUGUAUGACCUGGAACACGACAAGAGCGAGCACUGCAUCAAGCCAUUCCUUGACCAGUGCAAUGCAGACAAGAAUGGAUACGUGUCACCAAAAGAGUGGUGCCGGUGUUUCGAGCGUUCCGAGCGCCCGUGCAUCGCCUACAAGCAGAGGAUCUCGCAGGACAUUUUGGGCUCUUAUGUUCCUGAAUGUGAUGUCCUCGGCUUUUACCGUCCAACUCAGUGCCACUCGUCGAUUGGCACUUGCUGGUGCGUCGACAAGCACGGCGUCGAAUUUGCCAAUACCAGAACUCGUGGCAAGCCUGACUGUGCUUCGAUUAUGGCCAAAAACAAUAGCAACGGUUCUGACGACUCAGACCAGGAGGAUUACGGCGAUGACGUGGAAGAGGAGGGUAGCGCUGAAAAACCUCUCGACUUCUAAACCAUCUAUCCUGCUCACACUUUGACAAAUUUACGAAAUGAGAGCUCCACUCAACUAGAUUAUGCUUGUGCAAACUCACUUUUGGCCGCCAACGCAAGUCUCUAAUUAUAAUCACCGAAGAAAUGAAGAGAGAAAGAGCAGUUUUUACUUUCCGGGGGGAGUGGAGACCAAAAAUCUAACUGAUCAAAAUGAAGUCCACCCAUGACGUUUCUUUCAGAUUUAUAUACUUAAUAUGUAGGCCUACUUUUGAUGUAAUCAAUCACUCUUAACAGCUUUGAUCACACACGUACGGACAAGUUAUCACUUUUCCACACCGCGCACGACUGUCUAACUUGUCCGUUUGCUCGAGGGAUAUUUCACCCUGGUGGUGUGAAGUGUAAAACCUAACACUCUCUGUGUAGCUUUACUGCCUUUUGUAGUGCCAUGAAAGCACGCCACAACACGAGAAGCGAGUAAUUCCACCAGCAGAUCGAAAAAACUGAGAAAUUUCAGUUGAGAGGAAAAUGUUCAUUCUUUUCGAUCUCGCUGGUGAGAAUUAUUUCUUUGGGUGUCCUCUUUUUGGGCGAGAUUGACAACAUUCCUUUAGAUUUAUUGACUACUCAAAACAUUCCUAAAAAUUUGUUACGACUGCAAUCUCAUCAUGCCAUAUUUUUAUUGAUGCGCGUGUACAUUAACUGAAAUGCAGUAUUCCUCAUUUUAUAGAACUGUUCUUGUUUACAGAGUACAAUAAUUGACAAAUUUGUUGGCAAAAGCAUUUGCAAUCAUUAUAUUUUGCCGAAUCUCACGCUUGUUUUUUGGAUUUUCUGCAGAUGCUUUUGCUUUUUUCGUUUUGUUUAGUGUGUAAGUUGAAUAAUUGUGUUUCGAAAUACUCUAUAUAUGUAUAUGUGCCGCGAACCGCGAAGGUUUUACAUUUUACACCGCUCUCCACAACACACUCACGCUCUGGCAUUCGUGGAAGAAUUUAAAAGAGAAAAGGAGGUGAAAGAGCCUUACAUUCAAUUAAAGAAAUAUUCAACGGUAUUAGUAAGAGCGGACAAGGAAAUCAUUUUAUACUCGGAAAAAUUUGAGAUUCAACUAACUUAAAAUAAAUACUAUGGUAAAGUGUAAGCGUAUCUUGAUUCGAAAUUUAGACGUAGAAUAACUAACAAAAAAUGCGGUUAUGUGACACACACAAAAUGUUAACAACUUAAAUGCUUUUAUAGCUUUUGAUGUGGAUGCGAGGCGAUUUUUAUUGUUAGAAUAUGCAGAAAUGGUAUCUCCGGCCUUUAGCGUUGUUGUGACAAACAAAUUUAUUAUUAUAUAUAUAUUCACCUAGCCUAUAUAUGAUUACUAUCCUCCCUCGUCUAUAUAUUUUUUAUUGUUUCAUUCAAACAUUUUAAAGAAGAGGGCCCAAUAUUUGAAUUAAAUUUCAAGCAGCUUUUUAGUGCUUUCGGUAUAAUUAUAUUUCUGCACGUUACCUCUACUAUAUUAUAGAUAUUCGGAGAGUAAUAAGUGUAAUUGUUCAACGACUGCGAGUCAAGCAAACCACACGAGAUAUAAAUACUUAAAUAGCUGCAUGUCCGAAAUGCCAACAAUUCCGAGUGUGGAGGGUAAAGAGUUUAAAAAAAGAAAACCUUGGUUCAACCUGAGAUCUUAUCGCAACUAAACCCAGAAAUGAUUAAAAUAUUAUUCGAAAAUAUAUAUAAAGUUUAUUUCGCUUCAAACUGUAUUCAGUUUGUAUUGAUUGUCCACCAUGUACCAUUAAAUACAGCUUAAAUGGAUUUAAUUGUAUUGUGUAAUGUAAUACAAAUAAAACUCCAAAAUAUGUUAAAUGGAAAUAA